GCCCAUUUUGUUGUGUAAUACGUAACUUGAUUGACAAAUUAUUAUUUUUUGUGUUGUUGGUUUUAAGUAAGCCCUAAUCUAAUCUCUUGUUAUUUUAAGUUUUCUUCAUAUUUUCUUGGUAAUUGAAGUAGAAUUUUGGUGGAGCAAGGAAUGGGAAGUAAGAAAAAAAUUGAAGUUGAAGUGGUAAAGAAUGUAAAUGAAUUUGGUGAUGGGGUUUCAUGGUAUAGAGGAGCAAUGCUAGGGAAAGGAAGUUUUGGGUAUGUUUAUCUUGCUAAUUUGAAGAACCCCAAGUCGAAAAAUCGAUACUUGCCAUCAGUUAUGGCUGUCAAAUCGGCUGAAGUAUCUGUUUCAGGUUCAAUUCAGAAGGAAAGGGAAGUUUUAAGCAAUAUCAAGGGUUGUCCUUAUGUAAUUCGAUGCUUUGGGGAUGAAACUACGAAUGGUAAUAAUGGUGUGAUGGCCUACAAUUUGUUGCUCGAGUAUGGCUCUGGUGGAACCCUAGCUCAGAGGAUCAACAAAUUAGGGAAUGGGAACAGAGGGUUGGCUGAAUUUGAGGUGAGGUUCUAUACGAGGUCUAUGCUUAGAGGGUUGAAUCAUAUUCAUGCUAUUGGUUAUGUUCAUUGCGAUAUGAAACCUGAGAACGUGUUGCUUGUGCCGAAUUCUAGUAAAGGAAGUGUUGAAUUUAGGGCAAAAAUUGGUGAUUUGGGAUUGGCGAAGAGAGAAAAUCAGAGUAAAAAGAGGAGAUUAGAGCCUUAUUGGAGAGGUACUCCGAUGUACUUGUCGCCAGAAGCUGUAGCUGAUAAUGUGCAAGAGUCUCCUGCUGAUAUAUGGGCUCUUGGUUGUAUUGUACUUGAGAUGUUAACGGGAAAACCUCCGUGGGAUCGUAAGGAUGCUGAGGAUGUACUCAAGAAGAUUGGGGAAGGACAUGAAUUGCCUACGAUUCCAGGGGAUUUGUCUAAGGUAGCGAAAGAUUUCCUCAAGGGUUGUUUUGUGAGGAAGCCUACGUAUAGAUGGACUGCUGAAAUGCUGUUAAUUCAUCCGUUCGUUGAGGGUUUAAGUGAUGAUGAUGAUGGAGUGGAAGAACGACAGGAGGUUGAAGAUAUAAAUGAAGUUGAUUCUAUGCAAUUGGUUACGGAGCCUGACGAUGAAGUUUCCUUUUCUCAAGAAGAUUGGAGCUGCAUUUCUGAAGAGGAAUCCGUUGGUUACUGGUCGGAAGAUGAUACAGAGAUUACUGAGGAUGAAAUAGUCUCUUGUUUUGCUGAAGAAAGGAUGAGCAUUAGAAGCUCUAGCAUUGAUAGUGGUUUAAAUAGUAUGAUGGAUACAUCAAAGCAAGUAGCUUCACGGAAUCUAUCAAAUAAUUCGUCGAAAUGUCCAUUAAAAUUUACAGUUCCUGCUGGUGUCCUAGCACUAGGUGGUAGGAGGGAGAUAUGAUUUAUUUAUACCUUAUUGGCUACAUUUUCUGUAGAUUAUAUGCAACUCAUAUUGUCUGAAAUUUAAUGAUAAGUUUUUAAUUCCUUUAUCCUUAUGGCCACCAUUUUGCUCAACAUUUUAACUUUUCUGUUUGCAA